AACGUCUCCAUUGUUACGUCACUGUAGCGACAUAUAAGCUCUCGAUUGGAUGAAACUGCUACAGCUUAUUUACGUCUCAAGUGCAUGACUAAAUAAAUCGUGUUGUACUACGGUGCCUCUUCGAUACCGGGGAUCAGCUGGGUGUCAUUUGAUUUCAUCAGGAUGUUACUGUCAUUAUUAGUCAGUACAAAGUGUUUGUUAUAGGAACUACAACAAUCUAUUUUAAAUGGAGAAGAUUCAACUACUCCUUCAGGAUGUCAGCAACCAGAUAUUGCUGGAGCUCCUACAUUCAUGUGUGGAUGACAUAUGUGAGAGGAAAAGACAGUAUCAUUAUGAUAACUUCAAAUCUUGCACUAAUUGGAGUAAUGAUGAAUAUGAUAUCCUUCACACGUACUUCAAAACUUCAAUUCAUGAAAUCUUGAAAAAUCCUUCAUCUGAACAGAUCUUGAAGCAAUGCCCUGGCUUAUCAUCAGAUCAUGUGCAGUGUGUACUUGAUUGUGUUGUCGUUCGCAAGAUUGACGUUGAAAAUUUGUUGUUAUGCAAGUCAUUUGCUGUGUCAGGACCAAAGUUGCAAGAUUUUGAUUGGAAACUAAAGUGGGUGAUGGGAAGCAGUGCCUUAUCAUCUGUACGAGAACCUUUGCUACUACUUGAUUUUAUGCUUCAUGAAGAUGGAGUUGGUGGGAAGAAUGUGAGUCUUGAGUUAAAUAAAGAUGAACUUAAACUAUUGCUCACAGCAUUAGAGAAGGCUCAAGAAAAUGUACGAAAUUGGCAGAAUUGAUUAAAUUUUAUUUUUAAUUGCAGUGAAAUCUAAUUGAUGUAGUGCGAUUGUCAAGAUGUGAAAUGAAUAUGCUAUUUGAACUAUGUGUCAAAAAGAAUGAUGUACUGGACCAAGUAAAUUGGGGAAAAAAAUAUUUGUUUUCCAUUGUUGAAUUGGGUGUCCAAAUGUUUCUGCAUCAAUAUCAGUUCUAAUCAGUAUUAUGAUUGUAUAAAUUUGUGUGCCUUUUCAAAACCUUUCACUUAUAUUUGUCAACUUCCAUACAGAUAAUAUAGGGGGAGAAUGUUUAUAUGUUGUGAAUAAAUCACCAAUGAACUUUUGAAACUACAAGAAGAAAUUUUCACUACAAUGAAUCAUUUCCAAGCAACUAAGCUGUUAAAGUAUGGCAUGUAAGGACAUUUUAUUGGCUAAUUUUUAUUACAUGUUAUGUAUUUUUAUGUUCAAAAAACUGCUGAAAAUUUGUUUCUUUUUUAUUUUUAUUUUUAUACCUACAUUGGUAAUACUUUUAUAUUUAGAGGUAAUAUGUGAUAGAUUGGUAAAUCUUCAUUAAAAUAUAACUACUACACAAAACCUCAAGAAAGCGAAUAUACAAAAAGAUACAAUUAGUAGUGGUAUACAAAUAUAUAUUAUAAACAAAGCCAUAAAAAGAAAAAAAACAAUUUUGAUGCAUUAAAAACCAUUUAUAACAAAGCGUUGAACUGUAUUGCCAAGAUUAUGCCCUAAAGAUGCUACUUGUUUUUAUUUUAGUUCCUUAAAUUAGAAGAGAUAUCACAAACCUACAAAUUGUAAGGGAUGAGCGAGUUCCAUGCUUGAAGUAUCGUAUUUCAUUACUGUAAUUGUAUUGGUAUUCAACUUAACUUGUGUCUACUAUUUUCCUUCGAUACAGAAGGGUUCUGAAUGCUGACCGUAAGCUUGGUUGUCAGGAAAACAAAAAUAUACUGGUAUAACUAGAUGUAGGAUGUUUUGGCACUAAUAACUUGGAUUAUAACAGGGGUGGAUCCAAAUUUUGAGAGGGGAUAUUAAUAAUGUUUGGUCGAAUGCAUCAGUAGAGAUUUUGUAAACUGUUACUGGCUACAUUCGGCUCAUGCAGCGAUGUGAUUUCAUUUGUUUCAAUGAUUUUCCAAAAAUAUGUUUGCUGGAACGUUUCGUGACAAUGUAAAAGUAAUAGUUACGGAAAAAUUUUAGUGGGGGACAUUUCCCUCAUUUUCCUCCCCAUGGAUCCUCACCUGGUUUUAGACACCUGAAAAUCCACUUAAAUAAUUUUUGAACAAAGAAGAAGCAAAAGGUCAAUCAAAAUUCAAUAUAGAGGGGAAAAGCACUAAUCUACCUUUAUGCAACAGUAUCUAAAAGUUGUAGAACAUUUAAACUUGUAUAAAAUAAAGGAAUAUUAUUCAAUUUAAUGCCAUGGCGAAUACAAUAGGGCCUACCAAUUUUCAAUGAGAUUUCAUUAAAAUAAGUUUUCUUCUUUAAUUUGAAAUUCACACUUUUAUUUAAUUACUUAGACAUUUGUUCUAACAUACUGUAUUUAUUAUUAGUGGUGUUAUGGAAUGGCACAUACUUUCCUGUAUUAGUUUUCAAUUUCCUUUGGGCCUCUGCUAUCUAUUCAGAGUUGCCAUAUACUCUUGCCAGCUGCCAUCUGUCACUGCCCAAAGUACAUUUUUUUGAAAUUUUCUUAAUUUUCCUGUUUUCUAAUAGAAUGGAAAUACUAUUUUAAGAAU